UACACACUGGUCGAGAUGGUGACCCGCAUGUGUGGCCUCGACGAAGAUCGCCGAACCCUCGGGCGCCAUCUGCUAGCUGUCGAGUGCAAGUUGGCCAAUGCCGAGGAGAGGUGCGAGAAAAAUGACUAUGUCAAGAGCUGGAUGAAAGAUCUCAAAUCCGUCACCUAUGAGGCCAAUGACGUGUUCGACGACUUCCAGUACGAGGCGUUGCGUCGCCAGUCUAAGAUCGGCAUGUCCACUUUCCGCAAGGUACGCGGCUACAUCACGCACCGCAGUCCACUGCUCUUCCGUUUUGAGAUGAGCAAGAAACUCAAGAAUGUCCUUGAGAAGAUCAAUAAGUUGGUUGAGGAGAUGAACAAGUUUGGCCUAGAGAAUUCUGUCCAUAGGGAAGAGUGGCAACAUCCUUGGCGGCAGACACACUCCAAACUGGAUGAUUCUACCAAAAUCUUUGGAAGAGACAAUAAUAAGGAGGAGGUGGUGAAGUUGCUGCUGGACCAGCAAGAUCAGCGGAUGGUACAUGUGUUGCCUAUCUUUGGGAUGGGAGGUCUUGGCAAGACGACUCUUGCUAAGAUGGCUUAUAAUGACCAAGAGGUCCAGAAACAUUUCAGGUUGAAGAUGUGGCACUGUGUGUCCGACAACUUUGAUGCCAUCGAUCUUUUGAAAUCCAUCAUUGAGUUGGCUGCCAAUAAGAGAUGUGACAUGUCUGACACCAUCGAACUGUUGCAAAAUCAACUUGAGGAAGUCAUUGGCCAAAAAAGGUUUAUGCUCGUGCUUGAUGAUGUAUGGAAUGAAGAUGAGAGGAAGUGGGUGGAUGUCCUGAAGCCACUUUUGUGUUCUGUUGGUGGACCAGGAAGUGUAAUAGUCGUCACAACUCGAAGCCAGAAAGUUGCAUCUAUAAUGCAGACCCUUCAACCACAUAAGUUAGCAUGUCUGAAUGAAGAAGAUUCAUGGGAACUGUUUUCGAACAAAGCAUUUAGCAAUUGUGUACAGGAGCAAGCGGAGUUAGUCACCAUCGGCAAAUGUAUUGCCAAUAAAUGUGGGGGGUUGCCUCUUGCUCUCAAGACAAUGGGUGGAUUGGUGAGUUCAAAGCAAGAAAUACAUGAAUGGAAGGCCAUCGAAGAAAGUAAUAUUGGGGAUAAUGAUGGAGGCAAAUAUGAGGUCAUGCCCGUACUAAAGUUAAGCUACAAACACUUGUCAUCUGAAAUGAAGCAAUGUUUUGCAUUCUGUGCAGUUUUCCCCAAGGAUUAUGAGAUGCAGAAGGAUAUGCUGAUCCAACUAUGGAUGGCAAAUGGAUUCAUUCAAGAGGGAACAAUGGAUUUAACAUUGAAAGGAGAAUUCAUUUUUGAUGAGUUGAUUUGGAGGUCCUUCCUCCAAGACAAGAAAGCUGUAGUCAAAUCUGAAGGUAAAACAAAAUACGAGACAGUAGUGUGUAAAAUGCACGACUUAAUGCAUGAUGUAGCAAAAGAUGUCACAUAUGAAUGUGCAAGUAUAGAAGACCCGACUGAACAGAAAGUGUUGCUAAAAGAUGUUUUUCACAUGCAAAUGCGAGAUGCUGGAUUAAAACGAAUCACUGGAUUACGCAAAGGCAGAACAUACCUCCGCACUUUGUUAGAUCCUUCAAAAUCAAAAGAGGAUAUAUCUAUUAACACAUCACACAAGGAUUUUAGAAAGUUGCUACAAGUAUCGGCAUCACUAAGAGCAUUGCAUUGCCCCCCUUCUUCAGUUGGCACUUGCAAAGCCAUAAAUGCAAAACAUUUACGAUAUCUUGACCUAUCUGGGUCUUGCUUCAUUAGGUUGCCUGAUGCAAUAUGUGUGUUGUAUAACUUGCAAACAUUGAAGCUCAUAGGUUGUUGGAAGCUGCGACAGUUACCAGAAGACAUGACAAGAUUGAGAAAGCUCAUCCAUCUUUAUCUUUCUGGUUGUGUUCGUCUCAAACGCAUGCCUCCAAACUUUGGUGUACUGAAAAACCUUCACAUAUUAACAAUAUUUGUUGUGGGUACUGGAAAUGGUCGGGGGAUAGAGCAGCUCAAAGACAUGCGACACCUCAGCAAUAGGUUGGAACUAUUGAAUUUGAGUAAGAUAAAGAGCGGGGAAAAUGCAAAAGAGGCCAAUCUCAAUCAAAAGAAAAAUCUAAGUGAGUUGCUGUUCUCUUGGGAUCAAGAAAUAGAUGACGAGACUGAAGAGGUGGAAGAAGUGCUUCAGUGUUUAGAACCUCAUAGUAAUAUCCAAAAGUUGGAGAUAUAUGGAUAUGAUGGCCUAGAAAUAUCACAAUGGAUGAAAAGGCCUCAGAUGUUUAACUACUUGAGAGAACUCAAAAUUUCUGACUGCCCAAGAUGCAAGAGUAUACCUGUAGUAUGGCUCUCAGUAUCUCUUGAGAUUUUGUCCUUACAGGAGAUGGAUAGCCUGACCACAUUAUGUAAUAACCUUGGUGUAGAAGCUGGAGGGCGCAUUACCCCUCUACAAAUUUUCCCUGGGUUGAAGAGGAUGGAGUUGAUUGAGCUACCAAGCCUGGAGAAAUGGGUAGAAAAUAGUGUGGGAGAGCCUAGUGACAGCUUGGUAACGUUCCCCAUGCUUGAAGAGCUAAGGAUCAAAGAUUGCCCUAAGCUUGCGAGUAUUCCAGUGACCCCCAUUGUCAGCCAGUUGACAAUAGUUGGAGUCCACAGUACUACAGUCAGUUUAGUUUUUAUGAGCAUCCAUUUGGGUUCUUGGCCAUAUCUCGUGAGUUUAACUCUUGGGUCUCCGGAAGAAAUAACCAUGUUGCCUCUAGACGCCCAGCAAAGCCAAAGUCAAAGAUGUCUGGAAAAACUUGAGAGUUUGACUCUGGAAGGGCCCAAUAGCUUGGUGAGAAGCUCUGGAUUGUCCAGAUCACAUCUUAUGGCUUGGAAAUGCUUUCAGUUCGUGGAAAGUCUGACGAUUUGCACAUGCAGCGAUCUUGUCCGCUGGCCAACAGAGGAGCUCCAGUGCUUGGAUCGCCUCCGCUUUCUGUGUAUCAGAAAUUGUGACAACCUGAAGGGGAACACUUCAUUGUCUGUGGAGGAGAGCCAUCUGCCGUCCCUGGAGGAAUUGUAUAUUGCAGAGUGCCACGGUGUGGUUGCACUGCCUUGGAACCUUGGAAAUCUUGCCAGGCUGACGAGUUUCAGUGUGAUUGGCUGUAGUGACCUGAAAACGCUGCCCGAUGGGAUGUGUGGCCUCACUUCUCUGACGAUUUGGAGUUGCCCGGCUAUAAGGGAAUUCCCGCGUUGUAUUGUGGAGCGGCUGUCAACCCUCAAAUGCUUAAUCAUAAUUGACUGCCCAAAGUUGAGAAGACCAUUCAGAAAAGGUGGGGAGUAUUUCCACUUGGUCUCCUCUCUGGGAGAUAAGUUUUUAUGUUUACCUUAA